AUGGAUUCUGACGAAUCUGACUUCUACGGGGACGAUGAGAUUGUCGCCGACCUAGAGUCUCGGGUUACGUCAUUUGACGUUUCCCAGUGGUGGGAAGAGAGGAAUGCGGCGGCGGCCUCCAUCUCGGCGAUGGACAGAAAAGUCAAGAAGGAGCCUCUCGACAGCACCAAACUCCACAACCCGUAUGCCGGUGUUCCCUACGCGUGGCAGUUAACGGAGACGGUCAAUGACUUCCUUGAUCGUCUGCCUCCCGAGACGACGGAGCACAGCGAGCGGCUCCCGUGGAUCUUUGUAUGCAAUCCGUACAUCCGCAGGAAGGACAGGUUCAAUGCCCAGAACCAGCGGAGCAGAGGCAAUGAGGACGAAGCACCGGAGGAGGAAGGCUCCCGACUCGAUACCCUUAUCGAGGGGGGCUCGGAGAGAUUAGAGAUCCUACUCAACUACAAGCUAGGCCUCGAAAAGACCAACAAAUCCAAGGCAGUACAGGCAAAGCUGCUGAGGCAAGAACAAGAAGAUGCCACCCGGGAUAUCAUGGGCCUCGCACACAUGUGCAAGAUCAAGGCCGGCAAGGCAAGUGCUCUCAACAAGGCCCGCGCGUACCAAAUACGAUAG